AUGAAGAACCUGGGAUUUGUUUUUUCUCCAAAAUGUACUACAACUAUACAUGUGCUUCUAUGUGCAUGUUUUGUAUGCGUACAGGGAUUUGACUCUUUCCUACAGCUCCCACAAUCCGGGUCAGCAAGAAUCCGUCGCAGUUCCAAAAGGGUCCUUUUUGUUGGUGAUUUUGGUGCUAAAGGAGAUGGUCUUAGUAAUGAUACUCAGGCUUUCAAAGAAGCUUGGGAGAGGGCUUGUUCUUUCCAGGUUCGAACUAGGAUUGUAAUUCCGGCUGGAUACAAUUUUCUGGUCCAUCCGGUUGAUUUUGGAGGGCCUUGUAAAUCAAAGGUCACUCUUGAUAUCUCUGGUACUAUUGUUGCUCCUGAAGACCCUGCUGCUUGGAAAGGUUUAAAUCAUCGUAAGUGGGUCUAUUUCCAUGGGGUAAAGCACCUUACACUAGAAGGGGGAGGAACUGUCAAUGGUAUGGGAUGGUUAUGGUGGGCUCAGUCUUGCAAGAUCAACAAAACCAACCCAUGCCGAAAUGCUCCAACGGCCAUUACUUUCCACAAGUGCAAGGAUUUGAAAGUCAAGAAUCUUAGGGUGGUCUAUGGCCAAAAGAUGCACAUAGCAUUCACUAAUUGUCUCAGGGUUAUGGCUUUCCAUCUUAUAGUGACAUCACCUGCUAUUAGCCCCAACACUGAUGGAAUCCACAUCAGUGCAUCCCGUGGAGUAGAGAUCAAGGAUAGUGUUGUUAGAACAGGAGACGACUGCAUCUCUAUAGUGAGCAACUCUUCACGGAUCAAAAUCAGAAACAUUGUCUGUGGGCCAGGCCAUGGUAUAAGCAUUGGGAGCUUGGGGAAAUUGAACUCGUCAUCCUCAGUGCGGGAUGUAAUGGUUGAUGGAGCUUUCCUGUCUAACACUGAUAAUGGGGUGCGGAUAAAAACAUGGCAGGGAGGUAGUGGUAAUGCCACAAAUAUUACAUUCCAGAACGUAUUGAUGGAAAAUGUAUCAAAUCCAAUUAUAAUAAAUCAAUAUUAUUGCGAUGCUCAGGUGCCAUGUGCAAAUCAGACUUCAGCUGUUAGAGUGGAGAAUAUAUCCUUUAAGCGUAUCAAAGGAACUUCAGCAACUGAGGAAGCUAUAAAAUUUGUUUGCAGUAAUGAGUUACCCUGUAAAGGACUAUACUUAGAAGAUGUUCAGCUUCUGUCACACACGGGAGGGACGACAAGGUCUUUUUGCUGGCAAGCUUAUGGUUCAAGUCGGGGUCUAGUGCACCCUUCUCCUUGCUUCUCGCGUAGCGAAAGCUUCAUCAAGGAGAGAGUCCCAUCUCACUUCCUUCAGUCUUUUUGA